AUGUCGAAACAAUCCGGUUGGAAUAAAUACUUUCAUCAAGAUCAAGGUUAUGACACAACUUAUAAUACAUCCCAAUCUAUACCUCCGUAUGAGGAACAGUCGUCCUAUCCUGCAAAUACUUCGACUCAAAACAUAGAUCCCGAAAAAGGAAUAAACACUGAUCCUACCAACCCUUCUUUCUGGGAUACUUCACUCAACACCACCUCUACCCCUACUCAUCGAUCACUUGAGCCCAGUGCUCCGCCCGCGUCCGCGGUCGAUUUGGAUGAGACGCCGCAAAAUUCGACAAUAGUAAACACACAAUAUGGAAGUUUUGAAAGGGAGGAGCCGUAUGAAAGUGACGAAGAUAUGGCCAGACGCAUGUUCCGCGAAGAACAAGAAGAAUAUCAUAAUAGAAUUAGUCGUUAUAAUUCACCAAAUGAAUCAGGAAAUUAUUAUGCGGCCUUUAACCAAUCUGAAACUCGUAAUGCAGGACCACCACCGCCGCCUGUGUUAUAUAAUGAAAAGACACCUGGUUCAAUUAUUAGUCCAUAUGUGUCAAAACAAAAAGCCCGCUGGAGACCCUAUUUUACUUGGGUCGUCACUGCUGUACAACUUGCCAUGUUAAUUUAUGAAUUUAUUGAUAACAAAAAUUUAACAGGAGAAUUUAUAGAAACGAAUCCCUUUAAUCCCAUGAUUGGACCAGGAACAGCGACCGUUAUUCAACUAGGAGCUCGAUUUGUUCCCUGCAUGAAACCAAAUGUUACUGGAAUUAGCAGCUCCACCUUGUUCAGUUGUCCGAGCAAUCAGUCUGGAGGUUGUACUUUGGAACAGCUUUGUGGCCUCGGUGGUUUCAAGAGCGGCCAACCAGAUCAAUGGUAUCGGUUUAUCACGCCAAUAUUCCUUCAUGGUGGAAUUAUUCAUUUUGCUUUGAAUAUGAUUUUUCAAGUCUUUACCGGGGCUCAAGUAGAGUCUGAAAUAGGAUGGUGGAGAUAUGGUAUUAUUUACAUGGCUAGCGGUAUAUUUGGAUUCAUCUUUGGUGGAAACUUUUCUGCGCCUGCAAUUCCUACUUUAGGUGCUUCUGGCAGCUUAUUUGGUGUCGUUGGUAUUUUACUUCUGGAGCUCAUACAAAAUUGGGGACUUAUUUUGAACCCGUGUUGGGAACUCACAAAAUUAUUACUCGUGAUCAUUGUUUCAUUUUUG